AGGUUGAAACUGAGGCACUGAGGUGGAUUUGAGCUGUUUUAACAGGGACGGUGGAAGCUGCUGACUAAUGUGUGAAACGCAGGAAAAACUGGACAGAAGAAUGAGCGAAUCAGAGAGGAGGAGCCAGGCGAUGGCUGAGAACAGGAUCUGGAGGUAUGAUAGUCAGAUAGGAGGGCUCUUCCUGAGUCGAGCUGCUCGUCUGUGUGCGGUUGGUCUCUGGCUUCCUCCUCUCCUUCAAACUAUGGACCGAACCCGCUGAACAGUUACUUCUCUUUAGAAACACUCGAGCCGUGUUGAAGAUGAGUGACCAAGACAGCAGCAGCACCUCCGCCUCUCAAACAGAGGAAGAGCUGGAGGAAGAGCUGGAGAUGGAUGGAGAGGUGAACGGAGAGGUGAACGGAGAGGUGGAAGGUGAACAAGAAGAAGACAAUGACAGAAGCAGUGAGCGGUCAGCAGCUCCCAGCCUGUCCAGCUUCUCCUCGUCCCUGCGCGCCGUCAUUCGCAUCAAGCAGAAGUACCAGGCCAUGAAGAAGCGGCGGCAGGAGCUCGCCCUGGGCCUGGGCGGAGCAGGGAACCCCACAGGAGCUGCACCACGAACCAGCCCCAAAAUCUUCACCUUCGAUGGGCUCACCCCAAUUGCGUACUCCACCCUGGCGGCAGCUGCCCCUCAGAGGAAGAAGAGGAAAAGGAGGAAACGGGUGCUGUUUCCCAACAGUGGAGGGUGCAGGGCGCCGCCAAAGCAGGAGCAGAGCCGGGCAAAGUACUGCCUCUACCUGCUGUUUGCCAUCGUCUUCAUGCAGGUGUAUAACGCCAUAGAGAACCUAGACGACCACGUCCUCAGGUACGACCUGGAGGGGCUGGAGAAGACACUGAGGAGAGAGGUGUUUGGGCAGCAGGGAGCGGUGGAGGGUCUGCUGUCCCAUCUGAAGGACUACCUUUCCACCUACGUCCACAACAAGCCCCUGGUGGUGUCCCUGCACGGCCCCAGCGGUGUGGGCAAGAGCCACCUGGGACGCCUCUUGGCCGGACACUUCCGCUCCGUGGUUGGGGAGACGCUGGUGCUCCAGUACUACGUCCUCCAUCACUGCCCCCAGGAGGCAAACGCCUUGCACUGCGCCAGCGACCUCUCCGCUAUCAUCUCGGAGAUGGUCGAACGAGCCGAGGAGGAGGAGAAGAUCCCGCUCUUCAUCUUCGACGAGGCCGAGCACAUGCACGACGAGAUCCUGGACGUGCUGUCGCAGCUCGUCGCCUCGAAACAGUCCAACGAAUACCUGAACGCCAUCUACUUGUUCCUCAGCAAUCUGGGUCAUGCACACAUCACCAAGCAUAUGCUACACAACUCCUCGAGUAUUUCCAUGGGGAUGUCGGCAUCCGGUCGUCAUAGUAACCUCGUAAAAGAGCUGACUCCGAUAUUACGCAACACUCUGGAGAAGCUUCACAUAUUGUGGACAGAGGCCGACAUCUUGCCUCUGGGCCUUUUGGAGAAAGGUCACGUGAUGGAGUGCUUCCUGGACGAAAUGACUCGCGAGGGGUUCUACCCGGAUCAUACCAACAUAGAGCGCCUCGCGGGGGAGAUCGAAUAUUACCCCACGGUAGGGGGGCACGAAUAUUCUCAGACAGGCUGCAAGCAAGUAGUGGCUAAAGUCAAUCUGCUGUGAAAUCCUCUGCAGGGAUGUCGUUUGGAUGUUUCACAUUCUUGGAACCAUGAAGAAACAGGGCGUGAGAAGUGCAUGUGGGUCUGCGGCUUAUGAAACUUGAAUGACACAUCUCAGUUCUGCAGUUGUGAAAGGAGAAAAGAGAAGAAGUCUGCACACGGACGAAGGACGCUGAAGACGUUCGGCUCUGUCGCAGGAAAUGGCGAAAAAAGCUUGUGAAGAAGUUUGAGUCCACAAACGGUUCUUAAAGGUUCAGAAAAACCUCCAGUGGUAUCCGCUCAUACAGAGAAAUCCUCUGGUUGACAGCGAGGUCUGGAAAGAGACACUACCGCUGAUUUUUAUUUUGUUUAUUUUGUCAUUUUGUUGGCCAGUUUCAACCACUUUGCUCCAGAAAGUUGAAAGUUUGUACAUACAUUUAUGUUUUUUUUUUUUUUUUCAAAUUUAUGCCAGCAUGACGUUGACAUUUCUGGUUUUGAGCUAAAUCUCAACAACGAUCGGAUGGACUGUCAUGAAAUUUACUAUAAAUAUUCAUGGUCCUCAGUGGAUGAUCCUUUGAUCUAUUUAGUGCCACCCGCAUGUCAAAUGUGUCACGAAGAAGUUCAACUGACUUUCCUCGGUUUUGAGCUUAAUAUCUCAGUAACAAUUGGACUGUCAUGAAAUGUGCUACAAAUAUUCAUGGUCCUCUGUGGGUGAUCCUCUGAUUGGUCCCAUGCUUUUUUUUUUCUUUUUUUUUUAAGCGACAGCCGCAUGUCAAAUGCAACUGACUGUGAUCGUGCUCUGAUGGAUUUUACAUUUUUGCUUUUGGAUAGAUUGUCACGACAUUUGGUUCAAGCAUUCGUGUUCCUCUGAGGAUUAACAAUCACACUCCCAUCAACCUCAACUGUACAUUGUGUUUUGUGCUAAUUAGCUACCAUUAUUGCACAUGUAUCAAACAUGGCAAACAUGUUAGCAUUAUCAUUUUAAGCAUGUUUGCAUGAAGUGGUAACAUCCGUGUCUGUGAAGUAAAACCCCCAAAAAACUGCAGUUCCUCUUGUCAUCCACUUGAGGCUGGCUCCAGAAGUGAGUCAGUCUCCAUAAGUCCCCAUGUUCAAAUGAACAGUUUGUGGAUUAUCAUGAUUUGGGUGAAAUGACCAUUUAACCACUUCACACCUGCUUUAAUGAGGCAGCUCAAUCUGCGAUUAAUUGAGACUGAUACUGAUUUGUUUUGUAAGGUAAGGUCAGAUAUUUAUAAUGUCAGAGAUGUCAAAUGCAGCACGGUUUUUAUUCUAGACUCUAUAGAUAUUUCUAAUGUGUAAACCUGUGGAUUUAGUUAAAUAUUAUAGGAUGAAUCUUGCAAUCUUCCUUAUCUUUGUUUAGUACGUUCCUGGUUAUUUAUUAAUGAUUUCUUUUUAAUGAUUUUUGCAUGUUGACACCUGAGGAAAUGAACUUCAAAUCAACAGACUUGCACUAGCACUGAGUUACAUUUUUACUGGCCUGAUGAGAUUUAAUGAAUCGUAUGUUAAUGUCCUUGUAUUCAGUUUAUAUUAUCUAAUAUAAACUUGGAAUUAAAGACACAAUGUUUAAACAAAGUUUGUAAUUUUUUUAUAAAUACUUGUUUGUUUUCUUGCAGCGUUAAAUGAAAACCGAUGAGCUCCCGCUGCCUCUAAAAGCUCAUUCUAAGGUAACAAAAGCUCCAUAUUUCUUAUUCUAUAGAUGAAUGAAAACAUGCUCAUGAAUAUUAUAUUCCAUCUGUGCCACAUUCUGCCUUAAAUCUUACACACUGGACCUUUAAAACAGCUGUAAUCAAACUCGGGCCACAACUUAACUCACCUUUAAAGGUCCAGUGUGAAAGAUUUAGGAGUAUUUAUUAGCAGGAAUUGAAUCCAAUAUUUAUAAGUAUGUUUUAAUUCAGUGUUCAGUCAGCUAAAAAUAAGAAUUGUUGUGUUUUUGUUGUCUUAAAAUGAGACCUCAAUAUCGACAGUGAGAGAUAGAUGUGGGGUGCAAUGAAGGUUUCUAACGGAGUGAAGUAUUAAUGAAGCCUCCAUGUGGUCAAGUAUUUGGCAGCUGAAGAUGCAGAGGAGUUGAUAUUGGACUCAAAUUUAUCAGAUCGACCUAAAAUAUUUCAGCAGAGUUUGCUGCAGACUCAUCUAUUUAUAUAAAAAGAAUAAAAACACUGUUCA